UUGCACCCGUCAGCCAUUAGUUGGUCGCUGAGUGUUGUUGAUCGCUAAUUAGUAAACAGUUUAACGAGCUCUUAUCAUUAUUUCUAGCAUUUUAAGUAAUCCUCGUUAUAAGAUUUACAUUUAUUUGAUUCGUUUUGAUAAAGAGAAGUACGAUUUGGAUUAUGUUGAGAUACGUAAAAGGCAAGAGAUAAUCAGUGUUAAAUAGUACUUUGUCCUCUCGUUCUUAAAUUAAACGGCUUUAAUUUGAUUUAAAAUGGCUGCAAAAGAUGAUGUUGAAGAUUUAACUUCAAAUUUUCGCGAAAUGUCAGUGGAAGAAGAUGACAUCAACAUUUUAUUAUUAGGAGAGACAGGAGUUGGAAAAUCUACCUUCAUAAAUUCAUUCACAAACUAUUUACAGUAUCGUUCACUUGAUUUAGCUGAAAAAAGUGAAUUAAAAUGUCUUAUUCCUGCAAAAUUUGAAGUUGAAAUUGAAAAAGAUGGUAAAUUGGAACGACACACUAUUUCGGUCGGUAGUAAUAAAGAUACAAAUGAAAACAGGAAUAUUGUUACUGCUGCUACACAAGGUGUCCGUUCAUAUGUUUUUCCAGUACCAGAUUUCAAUAAUAAAAAAGUACGAAUAAUUGAUACCCCAGGAAUUUGUGAUGAUCGAGGUAUUGAACAAGAUAAAACAAAUUUAGAAAACAUUUUAUCCUAUAUUGGACGCAUACAAACGUUACAUGGAAUUUGCAUUUUAUUGAGACCAAAUGUCGCCCGUUUAACACCUGCUUUAGAAUAUUGUAUAAUUCAAUUGCUUUCAAAAUUGGAAAAAUCAGCUGGAGAAAUUAUAACAUUUGUAUUUACUAAUUCUCGAGGUUCUUCUUAUAAACCUCAAGAUUCUAGUUCUGCUAUACUCUCUCUUUUGGAAAAAAUUGCAAUGAAGCCACCAAAUGUAGUAAUUAAAUAUGACAUGGACAACAUUUUCUGUUUGGAUAAUGAGAGUUUUCGUUAUUUAGCCGCUUUAAAACAAAAUCAUGAUACAGGGGAUAGAAUUUUAAAGAAGCAAAGUUGGGACAAAUCUUCAGAUGAAUGUUAUCGAUUAAUCAAAUACCUUAUAGGCGAAGGUCCUAAUAAACCAAAGCCUCAUGAUGUUAGGCGAACAAUAUCUGUUAAUACGGCACGUCAAGUAAUUAUGGAACUUUCAAGACCACUUGCAGAUAUAACCGAAUUGAUCGACGAUAACUUAACAGCAUUGCGAAACCAUCAAAAACUAUUAAAACAAGAAGUUAAAUCAAUUGAUGAUUUAAAUGGAAAAUUGUAUGUUCCUGUUAUUGAUUUGGAACAGAUUGAAUGUCCAAAACCUAAAACUGUUUGUCAUAAUAGUAAAUGUUGUGAAAAAUAUUCUGUUGGGGACAUAACAAAAUUACAUUAUAAACAACGUUGUCAUGAUCCUUGUUUCCUAACAAAUGUUGCACGAGAAAUUGUUGGUGAUACUGAGUUAAAACAUUGUGCAGCAAUGGAUCAUACUGGUAAGUGUAAACUUUGUGGUUGUGAUUUUUCGGCCCACAUGCACAUAUACUACGAAACAAGAACAGUAAAUGGACAAAUUGAAGGGGAGGGAAUUCGUACGCAAAUCAAUGACAUGACCUUAGGAAUGAAAGAGAGACAAAAAGUAAUUAAACAAAUAGAAAUAGAAAUGAAUGAAUAUGAAAAAGAAAAGGAUAUUAUAAUUAAAUCAAUGGCAAAGUUUGCCCAUUUCCUUGAACGAAAUGCUAUUACACCAUUUAAUGAUGCUUAUCAAAAUUAUAUUAAAAUAUUAAUUGCAAGAGAAAGAGGUCGUGGUCCUGAGUGUAAUCUUCAACAAAUUAAAAAUUUAAAAGAUAUGCUGAAUCAAUAUAAUGAAGAAAAGAAGAUUUUACAAAAUGCGCUCAAUACCCCUGUGGUUGGUCAUUUAAAACCUAAUGAUAUCACCCCUAAUUUGAUAAUAAAGGAAAUUAAAAAUUUGUUUUCAUUAAAUAAAAUGGGUGAAAAAAUAAAAAAUAUGCAUGAGAUGCAAAAGAAAGGUGAAGCGGUUGAACAUAGAAAUACAGAGUAUGUAUUACCUCAAUCGAAAAAUAGUGGUUUAAAGAGAAAUACUCACCAAGCUCCUAGAGGAAAAGGUAGCAAUAAAGUUAAUAUGAUCCACGAAGAUGGUAAGUUUAAAAAUAACAAAAAAACUGGUCAAGACAAAUCGUUUCCUCGGGAUAAAAUGCAAAAUUUUGGGAGAAAUUAUCAAAAACAACAACAAAAUCAUUCAAAUCAAAAGGGAUAUCAACAAAAAAACUGGAAAGAAAAAAAUACAGAUUCUACUCAAAAUCAAUUUCCUAGGACACAAAAUCAGAACCGUACACAACAACACAAUAUUCCUCCUUUAAUGCAACCAAAUCAAUUUCCGCCUAAUUUUUAUCAAGGCUUUCCUAUUAAUUUCCAAAUGCAACCUCCUCCACAAUUUAAUUAUGCGCCUCAAUUUCCAUAUCCAAAUAUUCCCCCGAACGCUUACCCACCAAAUCCUCAUUGGAAUAAUUAUCCACCAAAUCAUCAACUGCCAAAUUUGUAUCCUAACGUGCCAAAUUAUCCUCAACAACCUCCAAAUUCACAAGAAAAAACUCAAAAUGUUCCCAUGAAUAACAUGGAACAUCCUUCCUUUCAAAAAGAGAAAAAAGAUAAAAGCCAUGAUUCAAAUUUGUUUUAUGAGGAAUUGUAUUCAAAUAAUUCUGAUAAUCAAAAAACUGAAAAAUCGAAGCAAAAAUAUGGAAAUAAUUAUAGGGAUGAUAAUAAUAAGGUACCAAAGUAUCAGGAUAGUGAUAGCGACAAUGAAGGUGCUGCUAAAUUUGAUAAGUUUAGAAAGCAAAAAGGAAAUGAGAACUAUGCCGAUUUAUAUGGCGAUGAUGAUGAUGAUGAUGAUGAUAAACCUACUGGAAACAAGAUUAACUCACUUAUGAGUGGAUUUAAAAAUCUAUUCAAUUGAAAAGGUGUAAAGUUCUAAAGAACAAGAUAAAUAUGAAAUAUGAAUGGACUAGAAAAGUGCCUUAUGUUAUGUAACAUUACUUGUAUUGUGUUUUAUAAGCAUAUUAUUUUGUAGAAUGUGGAGUCAAUACAUGUAUAUUCUAAUAA